GAGGCAUCAAGAAUGGGAAGGGGUAGGGUUGAGCUGAAGAGAAUAGAAAACAAGAUCAAUAGGCAAGUGACCUUUGCUAAGAGAAGGAAUGGUCUGCUGAAAAAAGCUUAUGAACUCUCUGUUCUUUGUGAUGCUGAGGUUGCUCUCAUCAUCUUCUCCAAUAGGGGAAAGCUCUACGAGUUCUGCAGUAGCUCUAGCAUGCUCAAGACAUUAGAGAGGUACCAGAAGUGUAACUAUGGAGUUCCAGAAACAAAUAUAUCGUCAAGGGAGGCUCUGGAGAUUAGUAGUCAGCAUGAGUAUCUAAAACUGAAAGCAAGAUAUGAAGCUUUGCAGAGAUCACAAAGGAAUCUUCUAGGGGAAGAUCUUGGCCCUUUGAACAGCAAGGAUCUUGAAUCUCUUGAGAGGCAGCUUGAUAUGUCACUGAAGCAUAUCAGAUCAACUAGGACUCAAUUGAUGUUAGAUCAACUAACAGAACUGCAGAGAAAGGAACAUGCCCUAAAUGAAGCAAACAAGAGCUUGAAACAAAGGUUGAUGGAAGGAAACCAGCUAAAUAUGCAUUGGAAUCCAAAUGCAGCACAAGAAAUGGGAGGGUAUGGACGCCAAACAACACAUGCUCCACAUGGUGACAUCUUUUUUCAUCCCCUGGAGUGUGAGCCAACUCUACAGAUUGGGUACCCAACUGAUCCAGUAACAGUAGGAGCAGCAGGUCCUACUUUGAAUAACUAUAUGCCUGGGUGGUUUCCAUGAAUGUAUGAAUAUAUUUAUAUAUAAUGCUGCUUCAUGUGAGGUUUCAUAUCGACCGGAAGCUUCUGAAAAAUCAAUGGAAUGUGCCCUUUUGUAAGUUUGACGAUAAAAAGGGCACAAGUGUCUUUCUGCAUCUCUGCACAACUGUGUUGUAAAAAUGUGCCUUUUGGUUCCCUGCUUUAAUGUUUGAUAAGUUGAAUGUGAGUUUAAUGCACGGGAUGCUUACUUUUGUUUGAAUAUUCCAAUUCCCCAAAAUCUGUUAGG